AUGGAACAACAGUUUGCCGUUAAGGUAUUCAACCUUCAACAACCUGGAUCUUUCAAGAGCUUCAUUGAUGAAUGCAAUGCUUUAAGAAGUAUAAGGCACCGUAAUCUUCUCAAAAUCAUAACUGCACGCUCAAGCAUUGAUAAUCAGGGUAAUGACUUCAAAAGUCUAGUUUUUGAGUACAUGGCAAAUGGAAGUCUAGACUCAUGUCUGCAUCCAAGAGAUGAUGUGCAAUCUCAAUGUAAGAGAUUGAGCCUCAUCCAAAGACUCACCAUUGCAAUUGAUGUUGCUUCUGCAUUAGAUUAUCUCCACCAUCAAUGUGAAACGUCUAUCGCUCGUUGUGAUCUAAAGCCAAGCAAUGUCCUUCUUGGUGAAGAUAUGGUAGCCCAUGUUGGUGACUUUGGUUUAGCAAGGUUCCUUCUUGAAGCAUCAAAUAAUCCUUCUGAAAGUCAAAGCAUAUCAACUGGACUAAAGGGUUCCAUAGGCUACAUAACUCCAGAGUAUGGCAUGGGAGGCCAAGUUUCCGUACUGGGAGAUAUUUAUAGCUACGGAAUAUUGUUGCUAGAAAUGUUCACAGGAAAAAGGCCCACCGAUGACAUGUUUAGAGAUAAUCUAAGCAUUCAGCAAUUCACUGCCAAGGGAUUGCCUGACCAUGCCAUUAACGUAGCUGACCCUUCAUUGCUCCUUGAAAGAGAUGAUGCAUAG